AUGUUUUCAGAAAUUGUUCAAUCACCAUUUUCGGAUUACGAUUCACAAUUUUCAUUAAAAAAUAUUAAAGAAGAAAAUAAAUCGACACCAAUAAUUCGACAAGUAUCGGUAAUAAGCGAAAAAGAAGAUAACGAAACACCACCACCAUCAUCAACAUUACAACGAUCAAAUUAUGCUUUAGAUUUUCAUCAUUUAAAUGAUGAAAAUAAUCCAAAAACAUCUAUUGAACAAAAUAUUAAAGGAUUUGUUGAUGGUUGUGUACGUUCAAGUUUACAUGAAAUUUCAUAUGUAAAUAGAGAAGCUGAUACAAGAGAUAUUGUUGAAGUUGAAGUUGAAUAUGAUCCAAUAUUAGGUAAUGUUAAAUCAACAAGAAAACGUUCAAGCACAAUAAUUACAAAUCUUGAUAAUGAUUAUCAUCCAACUAAUUAUCGGCAUCAAUCUGCUCAUAGUAGAAAUAAACCAUUAUCAUCUGAUUUAGACCAUGAUAAUACAACACCUAUUUGGGCAAGACGUCGUGUAUCACAUUCAACAGUUAAACCAUCAGAUCUUAUUCGAGAAUAUGAUAAAAAAGAAAAAUUACAAGCUACUGCACUUCGACGUUUAUCACGAACAGAUCUUGCUGGUGAUGGUGUCAUACCAAAUUCAACAACAAGGCCAAAAAUUAGUUCUCAAAAUCCAAGUAUGAUUAAAGAUACAAUUUUACGUUGGUGUCAAGAUCUUACACAAUUUUAUAAAGGUGUUAAUAUUAAAAAUUUUUCUUCAUCAUGGAAUGAUGGUUUAGCAUUUUGUGCAAUUAUUCAUCGAUAUUUUCCUGAUGAAUUUAAUUUUGAGACAUUAACUUCCGAUGAACCUCGGCAAAAUUUCGAAUUAGCUUUUACUGUUGCUUUAGAACGUGCUGGCAUAGAACCAUUAAUUGAUAUAGAUGAUAUGAUACUCAUGGGUGCUAAACCAGAUUGGAAAGUAGUUUUUACUUAUGUUCAAAGUUUAUAUCGUCAUUUGUCACGCAUACAACCGCCAGCAAUAUUGCGUGAACGUUGGUGA